AAAUGUUUCUCACAUGAACAGAAACAAACAGCUGAAAACGUAACAGAAGAAAAGAAAUUUGUCAUUUUGUUUUGUUUUCAUCUUUUCUGAAUUAAAACGUGUUAUUUACAUUUGUUUUCGAUUCCUAAUUUCUCAUAUGAGAGUAAUGUUGCACGAAAAAUUGCAAACAGAUAUUUUUAUUUUAGAUGGUGGUUUGGCUACUGAAUUGGAAAGAAAGGGUUUUUCUUUGCAAAAUGAUCCAUUAUGGAGUGCAAGACUGUUAGUUGAAAAUCCUGAAGCUAUUGUAGAUGUUCAUAAAAGCUAUUUAGAAGGUGGAGCUGAUAUUCUCACAACAGCUAGUUACCAGGCUAGUCGUCAAGGAUUUCAAAAAUAUCUUGGCUUAACUGUUGAAGAAAGUGAAAACAUCAUAAAAUCAAGUGUUUCUCUUGCAAAAAAAGCUAAAGAAGAAUUUGGGAAAAUUUCCAAAAGUGGUAAGGAUAUAGUGAUUGCUGGAUCUGUGGGUUCAUAUGGUGCAGCAAUGGCCGAUGGCUCUGAAUACACAGGGAGUUUUGUUUCAACUGUAACAUUUCAGGAACUUAAAACAUGGCAUAGGCACCGUAUUCAGUGUUUGGUGAAUGCAGGAGUUGAUGUUUUGGCUUUUGAAACAAUCCCUGCUCAGAUGGAAGCUGAAGCUCUUGUGUCUCUCUUAAAGGAGUUUCCUCAAACAAAAGCGUGGUUGAGCUUUUCAUGCCAGUCUAUGGACAAGACCGCUCAUGGGGAAGAUGUGGGAGAAGCAUCUAAAGUUUGUGCUGAGGCAUCCAAUCCUUCUCAACUGAUUGCCAUUGGUGUCAACUGCUGUUCUCCCGAGUUUGCUGUGAACCUCUUGAAAAAUAUUCAUUCUGCUUUACCUCACUAUCCUUUAAUUGUUUAUCCAAAUAGCGGUGAGCUAUGGGAUACUCACACUGGGUGGAAAGGAGAGAAAGUGAAUCCAAAUCGUGUCUAUUUAAAUGAAUGGGUUGCAGCAAAUGCUAAAAUAAUUGGUGGAUGCUGCAGAACCAGCCCCGAAGAUAUUGCAGAUGUUUAUGAAUUUGUUCAAGCAAAGAAAAAGGAUUAAUUGCACCAAACAUAAAAAAAUAACAAUCCCUCUAAAAAAGUUGAUUGUUAGGAUUGAAAAGAUGAUUGAGAGUUUUUUAUUUCGAAUAUAUCUGUGAUAUAGAUUGAUAAUUUGUGAUUUUUAGAAUAGAUGUGAUGUCUAUUUUAUGUGAUAAUUUUAAAACUUUAUAUUAAUACUAUACAUAUCAGAAGUUGUGUAAUGAAAUAAAUAAAAAAUUAAGUUUGA